AAAGAAAUGACAAUUCUUAAAUUUAUUCUUCUAAUUAUUAGUGUUGUGGCAACUUUGUUUUCCAUAGCUUUGGCUAUACCAGGGACUGCAUCAUUUUACUACAAUUUACCAUAUGUUUCUUCGGUAUGUUUCGGAAACACAUCCCAAGGUACCCUUGUAGCAUCGAGUGAUCAACUCGGGGAUGAAUUUCGGUGUGGAACAUUAUUAAAGGUCACAUGCACUGGUCCAGUGCCAAAGCCUUGCACUGGCAAAAGCGUUGUGGUAAAAAUUGUUCAUACUUGCCCUGGAUGUGGUGUAACCAUGGAUCUCUCUAAAGAAGCAUUUGCAGUCAUUGCUACUCCUGUCACGGUCGAAAAUAUUAUUAAGAUCGACUACGUCAAGGUGUCAUGA